ACAUAACACAACAUAACAAACAAACAUAUGAUAUACAGAUAUAGAGUUAUAAAUGUCUGAACAAUUGAUGAUCACAUCAGUCAUCAUCAACAGUGAUAAUCAAGUUAUUUGAAUCAUGUUUUUUGUUUAUCAUUAGUGGUCAUCGGGUUUACCGAAGUGCCAGUUAAUUCUUGUACUCAAUGGGCUCACGUAUGAUGUGUUUCGGUGACAUUUGUCAUCUGUUUGAGUGUUAUCUGGAGAUUGCGUGUCCGUCGACGGCCACCACUGAUCAACCGUUUAUACUUCAGAAAUAUCCGGACUCAUACUCACAGCAAGAGAUACUGAAAUCUGUGCCACAAUUUGCUUAUCCGUGUCCACUGGACAUCGAAACAGUUACACACUUUUCAUUUGUGUUGACCAACAUUGACUCGAAGUGGACAUUCGGCUUCUGUCGACACGCGCCCAGAGGUCAUACCUGUCUGGUUAUGUUGUCAUACCUUCCGUGGCACUCGACAUUCUUCCGUGUGCUCAACCAUUGCGCUGAACUGACCAACAAUACGAGUGCCGCCGAUGGCAUACUAUUAUCGAAGUUCUUAGAGGCCGUCUAUGUCGCCGACAUUCCCCAACCCGGUCUACAGCUCAAUGUGACCUAUUGUGACAAUAAUAAGAUAUUGGAGUUCACCACUGCGUGUCCCGAUCACCAUAAGAUGCCUUCGAUACCCGAAGAUCGCAAUCUAACUGAGUAUUUCAAUGCCAUCGAUGCUAUGAAUAUGAUCGUCAUAUUUGCUAAUAUGUUGAAUGAGAGGCGUAUUAUAAUGACAUCCAAGAAGUUGAGCCGUCUGUCUGCAUGUGUUCAGGCGGCCAACUCGUUAAUCUAUCCGAUGCAUUGGCAGCAUAUAUUCAUACCGGUGUUACCCAAACAUUUGCUCGACUACCUGAGCGCUCCCAUGCCAUUCCUUAUUGGAGUUCCCGCUGUGAUUAUGAAUCGCGUGAAACGAUCUGAAUUGGGAGACAUUGUGAUACUUGAUUGCGAUGAUAAUCGGAUAGACUCGCCAUUUGAUGACAUCCAUAUGCUUCCCACUGAUGUCGUUCACACAUUGAAGAAGAGUUUGCGUAAUCCCAUGUCCUCAAUGUUAGGCGAUUCGGUCGCCCGAUCUUUUCUACGGGCAUUGGUGUCACUGAUUGGCGCCUAUAGAGAUGCGCUUCGGUUUACUCCCGGCCAGAAAAUUAGCUUUAAUUACGAGGCGUUUGUGUCUUCCCGUUCGCCAUCAGUUCAAACAUUCCUCGAAAAGAUGCUUCAGUUGCAGAUAUUUCGUCAGUUUAUUGAAGGCCGACUAGAAAUGCUCAAUAAUGGCGAAGGUUUUAGCGAUGAGUUUGAGUUUGAGGUCAAUAUGUAUGAAGAGAAGAGUACUCAUCGGCUGAAGACUCAGUACAAGGAAUGGUUGGGUGCGAUGCGUAAGGAAGGCGGAGCCAUACUUAAGAAUGUCAAUCCUGUUAUGAGAUCUGCUUACAAACAGGUCAAAGACAAGAGUCGUCGGGCGUAUAAAGACCUUAAGACUAAAAUACAAAACAACGAAAACAAAGCGUAUAGUUAUGCCGACAAUACUCACAAGUCUUCAUCAUAUAAGGUACACAAACCGUCGAGUGCACCGUCCAGUCCUACUCUACCAAUGAAACCAUCGAAUAUCAAGAAGAGUGUCAGCGGUAAUGUUAUCGGAAAGACUGACAAAACAAUUACUUAUGUUCGACAAAGGAAUACACUUAUUGGUGAUAAUAAUGACAAACCGAUAACAAGUGGUUUGCAAAAUGGUUUUUCUAAAUCAUUGUCUGUAAACAGUGGUCUUUCGAGUGUUACUUCCAAAACAUGUUUAUCUUCGGUUAAUAGUAUGGCUCCCGAGGCAUCACCUGAAGCUUCUGAUGUCGAUUCCGAGCACUCGCACGAUAUGUUAACAUUCGAUAGAAUCGAAAUCGAUUUGAUGGGCGAACUCAAAGAUUUUCUUCACAAAAAGUCUUCGGAUGAAUCAACGAAUAGCAGUAAAUCUAAUAAAUCAAUUCAAAGCCAAAGCAGUUGCAACAGCUCUUUACAAACAAAUGCAAUGCCAUUCAUAACAAAACCUCUUCCGCCUCCAAGAAGUCAUUUGGUGCGCAAAUCAAAGCCAGAGACUAAUAAAGAAGAAUCGCUGAUAGAGUUGGACACUCCUCCAGAUGACGACUCUAAUGUCAUAUUUGAUCCGUUGCUUGAAGACAAACCAUCUGAGAGUAAGACAUUUGAUUUUCAGACUCUUAGGAAUAAUUGGAAUUCAUUCGCCACUAAUAAUACUAAUAAUAAUUUAAAUGAUUUGAGAUUAAGUUUGUCAUCAUUUGCGACACCAGUGACAGCAAAGUCAAGUCUUGUUAAUCCAUUUCUUCUGAAUGAUAGUCAAAGUCAGAAUCAAACGACAAAUAGCUUUGAAAUUGUCGGUCAAAUGCCAUCAGUGACCGCACAAACUGCCAACACUAUGACCUCCGACUGCAACGGUUCGGCGCUUAUAAACAGCAAACAAAAUCAGUUCUUGUCGUCAAUGAUUAACUGGUCGUCACAACAGAUAAACAAUACUUCAAAUAAUAAUCUCAUGUCAACCGAUACUAAAGCGACAAACAGUUGGCAACAAUUUGAUUGA